GAAACCCUAACACAGCAUUUCUUUUCUUGUAGUAUAGCAGGGAACUGUUACACUCAAGAGGAGCAGCAGCCAUGGUGAAGUAUUCGAGAGAACCAGACAACCCCACCAAGUCUUGCAAAGCUAGGGGCUCAGAUCUUCGUGUUCAUUUUAAGAAUACACGGGAAACUGCCUUUGCAAUCCAAAAGCUACCUUUGACUAAGGCUAAAAGGUACUUGGAGGAUGUCAUCGUGCACAAGCAAGCUAUACCAUUCCGGCGCUUCUGUCGUGGAGUUGGGCGAACCGCACAGGCUAAGAAUCGUCAUUCAAAUGGACAAGGUCGAUGGCCUGUGAAAUCUGCAAAAUUCAUUCUUGAUUUGCUAAAAAAUGCGGAGAGCAAUGCUGAGGUGAAAGGCUUGGAUGUAGAUUCGCUGUUCAUAUCUCACAUUCAAGUCAAUCAAGCUCAGAAGCAAAGGCGUCGAACAUAUCGUGCACACGGAAGAAUUAACCCUUACAUGUCUUCACCGUGCCACAUUGAACUGAUUUUGUCUGAGAAAGAGGAACCUGUCAAGAAAGAGCCGGAGACUCAGUUGGCUCCGAGGAAAGCAAAGGGUCAAUCCAUACGAAGCAGUGCUGAGUGAUGGAUCACAAUUCGGAAACUAUCAUGUUUUUCUUUCAUUGUUUUUGUGAGGUGCUCAAGACUCAAGUUUGUUGAUGGAGAUUGCGUGGUGUCUAUUUAAAUCUAUGUUGAAGUUUAUUCCCA